AUGUUCGGUCUCAAGCUUUUUGUCGGGGUUGCUGCGGUUGUUGGCGUUGUCGUGGCCGCCGUGCCUGAAGACAGCGUCUGCGCCACGGCUCCGGCUGUCACUACCACCGUCACCGUCACGGAAUGCGGCCAGGUGACGACGCCAGCUGCUCUUCCGUCCGAGUCCCAGACCCAUAGCACGGCCUCGCCGCCGGUAGAGACGUCAUGGCUACCCUCGUCUCCAGCUCCAGCCCCGGUUCCAGCAUCUGGCAGUCCUGCUUCGCCUGCGCCAGCUCCACCCGCCUCUUCUGAUUCUGCUUCCGGUCCUUCGGAAUCUGCCCCUCCGGCUCCGCCCGUAUCCUCUGGUGGUCCGUCUGGCAGUGAGCCGUCCUCGCCCGAGCCCACCCCGACCGCCACCGACAACCCAACCCCAUCAACAACCAAGCCCGGCAUGGUUCCCACGAAUGCCGGUUCUCUCCCUGGUGUCUCUCUCGGUAUGGGCUCUCUCGUCGUUGCCGGUAUGGCAAUUAAUGCAGCCGUCGCUGUGCUCGUCUAA